UCUGUCUCUCUCCCGAUGAUGAAUCCACAAGGCCAUUCCUAACCUGAUUCCUUCGAGUCCUCGGACACCGAAGAAGAAGGUUACCUCCAAACUGAAUCGAUGGUCCAUGGGCCGAGCUUUACGAUCAGACUCAUCGUACCGAUAACAACGACCAUGAGUUGCUUUAAAGGUGGAGACUUUGAUGCAGAACCUGAUUUGUCAAUGAUGUUUAUCAGCACAACUUUGGUCAUCGUCCCCAUCAGUGUCUGGACUUUCUGGAGAUGCGGCAACUGCACCAGCCCAAGUCUACGUGGGAAUGGGUUUGCUCGCUGCCUCCACCGUUACUUACGUCCUGUGUCAUUAGCUAUUUGACUGCACUUUGAUUGGAGUAGUGUGAUGAAUGAAGAAGAUAAUAGAGAAAAACAGCAACAACCAAUUCUCAUUGGAAGUGGUGACAUGGCUACAAGUAAAGGGGAGCUAGGAGAAGGUUCUUGAGAGCUACUGCUGUGGAAGAGGAUACUUCUUCGCUUCCUCUACCGACGCUGCUUAAACCAGAGCUCAAGCAUGGAAAGAAACCUCUUUUCGAUCUCAUGGAGGCUAUUAGAGAGAUAAAGAGUGAGUGAGGAGAGGACGAUGUGGACUCAUCAUAUAUUCAUGACAAAAACACUUUUCUAAUUAGAUGAGCUUUCUGCUUUGAGGGAGAACGUUGGUGCAUUUAUGAACGCCUUAUUGCUAGCAAAGCCUGCCGUAUUGAAAAAGAAUUUGGCGAUGAUGGACAUGGAGUGUUCUCUGAAGUUUCUGACAAGUAUUUUCCUGAUAUUAUUUCUCCUUGGCUCUUAUUCUGCUUACGAGAAUGUUCGUCUUGUUGAUGCUCGAGAAGACAACGAAAAACAUUAUGUGACACUGCAAGUAGAUGCUUCCAACGCCACAGGACGACCCAUUCCUGAAACCCUUUUUGGGAUCUUCUUUGAGGAAAUCAAUCAUGCUGGAGCAGGUGGACUGUGGGCUGAACUUGUUAGCAACAGAGGAUUUGAAGCUGGUGGACAAAUCAUUCCUUCCAGUAUCUGGCCUUGGUCAAUUAUUGGAGAUGAAUCAACCAUAUCUGUAGUUACAGACCGCUCUUCAUGUUUUGAGCGCAACAAAAUUGCACUUAGAAUGGAAGUGCUUUGUAACAGCAGUGGUUGUCCAUCAGAAGGAGUCGGGGUUUAUAACCCGGGUUACUGGGGCAUGAACAUUGAAGAAGGAAAGAAAUACAAAGUGACCCUUUAUGUGCGUUCCACUGGGGACAUCGAUGUGUCUGUGUCUUUGACAAGCUCGAAUGGAUCACUAACUCUUGCAUCAGAGCAGAUUAUAGCUUUGGCUUCUGAGGUUUCAAAAUGGACAAAGAAGGAAAUGCUUUUGGAGGCAAAUGGAACAGAUGAUGGUGCAAGGCUUCAAUUGACAACUACCAAAAAUGGUUCAAUCUGGUUUGAUCAAGUCUCAGCCAUGCCUGUGGAUACUUAUAAGGGACAUGGUUUUAGGAAUGAUCUUUUCCAAAUGAUGGUUGAUCUCAAACCUCGUUUCAUCCGUUUCCCUGGUGGUUGUUAUGUGGAGGGUGCUUGGUUAAGCAACGCAUUCCACUGGAAAGAAACCGUGGGAGCUUGGGAAGAGAGGCCUGGCCACUUUGGUGAUGUUUGGAAGUACUGGACUGAUGAUGGUCUUGGCCACUUUGAGUUCUUCCAACUGGCUGAAGAUCUCGGUGCAGCUCCAAUAUGGGUGUUUAACAGUGGAAUCAGUCAUCAUGAUCAAGUUGAAACCGCACGUAUCAUGCCGUUUGUUCAAGAAGCGCUAGAUGGUAUUGAGUUUGCUCGUGGUGAUGCUAAUUCAACAUGGGGAUCAGUUCGAGCUGCAAUGGGACAUCCAAAGCCUUUUGGCCUUAAAUAUGUUGCUGUUGGGAAUGAAGAUUGUUGGCAGAAAUACACAUACUACAAAGGAAACUACCUUGUGUUCUAUAAUGCUAUCAAGAAAGCCUAUCCAGACAUCAAAAUCAUCUCCAACUGCGAUGGAUCGUCUCAACCACUCGAUCACCCCGCUGAUUACUAUGAUUUUCACGUUUAUAAACCUUCCAAGGAGUUGUUUUCCAUGUCCCAUAAGUUUGACAAUACAUCGCGUGAUGGUCCAAAGGCUUUCGUUAGUGAAUACGCUGCAAAGAGCGAAACAGAUGCUAAUAAGGGAAACCUUCUAGCCGCUCUUGGUGAAGCAGGUUUCCUCCUUGGUUUGGAAAAGAACAGUGAUGUUGUAGGAAUGGUAAGCUAUGCACCUCUCUUCCUUAACACAAACGACAGAAGGUAUGUAUCAGAAACCAUAGUAAUCUACAACAAUUUCAACAAGCGCUGUCUGCUCAAGAAUUUGCAUGGAGCUGUUUCUUGCUACAGAAGUUAUCGAGCUCGAACAGUCCAGCCUGUAUAACAAGCUCUGUGCUUCCAAUCCAAUUGAGAUUCUACGAAAGAAGCAUGACUUUGUAACUAGACCCACUACUGAUUCCACAUGCCCUCUGAGUGUGUGCAGCUCCCUACUGAUUACUUAGGAAUUAGGGUUUUCAAAAUUUAACAUUCAAUGUCAUUAAAAACUUAGAAUUGUAUAGAUUUAACACUUUCAAUUAUCUUCGAUUUAAAGGCGGAUUUGACAGAGGUGAAAUCGGAUUUAGGGUUCCUCUUGAACGACGACGGCGAGGUCACCAAGUGGAAGGCGACUGUGACGGAAGUGAAAGAGAGGAGUUUGAUUUAGUGUCGUCGUCUUACGGGCUUUUGUUUUUUAUAUUAAUAAUUUUUUAAUCACAAUAAACUAGAUUUUGACCCGCCCUUAAAAGGGCGGGUAUAUUUUUUGUUUUAUUUUAUUGUAAAAUAUUAAUUUUCCGUCUCAUAUUUUUCUUUGUAAUGAUAUUUGUAUUUUUCUGUAAUCAUAUGUGUUAAAUUUUUAAUUACUAUUAGUAAGAGGUUUUGAUAAUUUGAUUGAAUUUGUGAUGUUGGAUACUCUACAUGUGCUAUCGUUAAAAUUAUAUGGUUUUCAUUUUUUUUAUUUCAUGUAUAAUUAUAAUAAUGUUAUAAUUAUACAUAAUAAUUUGCCAUGACGUUAAAUACGAAUUUUGUAAAUUUUGAUCCAGGGCCACGUGAAUUGUUAAAAAUCGCGACAACGUCUUAAUUGGCUUAAUUGGUUCAAACGCAGCGGUUGCGGUUGCGGUUGUGGGAGUUUGUGGAUGCGGACGGUUGCAGUUUCUAGCGGUUUUAAGAGAUUUGUACGAUUGGUACUGCGGUUAAAAAUUGGUGCGUUUACGGGUUACUUAUGACUGGUUAACUACCAAAUGUGGUAACAGUCAAAUAAUAAAUUAACAAUAUUUACAUUUAAUAUAAUUAUAAAAAUAUCAAAAAUCAUAAAAUUAUAAUAAAUAUAAAAUUUAUAUUUAGAAAGUUAUAAUUUUAAUUUUUGAAAAUUUAUUGAAAUUUUUUUUUAUUAUAAAAUUUUAUAAUAUUAAUUAAAAUAUAAUAGAUAUAUUUUAAUAUUUUCAUAAUCUCAAUUUUAAAUUUUUUAUUAAUUAAUUUUACUUUUGUAUAUAUAUAAUUUUUUUAAUCACAAUAAAUAAAAGGGAUGAAGGUGGGGUUUUUCCUACUUCCGUUUCCCCUAUAAGUUAGUCUAGUAAUUACCUUUAUAAUUUGAGUUAUUAUAAGUAACUAGGGGCAUAGUCCGCGCUUGAUUUUUUGAAAAUAGUUUCUUUUUGCGUGUUGUUUAUAAUGUGAUGAAUGGAACAUUGGAGUCGAUCAAGAAAAAAGAAUGGAACACAGGACUUGAUUUGGUUGAUACAUGAAUGACCGGUAAAUUCAUGUGUUGAUAUUUAUAAUUUAUUUUCUUCGUAAUGAUUUGAUCGGCCAUUAGCUUUAUUAGCGGAUUUAUGUUCAAAAGUUGUGUUUUCUUAAGACCGAAACGACCUUAAGUUUAAAUUAAGCUAAAUUUUAAAACAUCCAUUAAAACUAAUGAUGUUUUAUGUAAUUUUUGAGUUUACUACCCAAAAACAUCACUAAGAUGAAUUACCAUACUCUAUUCUAAAUAUUUGAUCAAGUUUUAAAAUCAGCAGACAUCUUUUCUGAUUUAUAUAUGAACCUCCAUCACUUCAAUGGAGUUAUGAUACAAACAAAUUAUAUAUAUUUACAUAUCAAAUUAUGUUUAUAUUAUUAGUUACUAUUUUGUUCAAUAACAAUUUGAAAUAUUAAAACACUAUUGAAAGAGAUUAUUAUUGUUAGACAUGUCUCAUCCAGUGAUAUAAUAAUCAGCCAAUGGUUUUUGUAUCAAAGAUUAACAUGAAAACUAAUUCGUGGUGGUUUUUUUCAUUGAGUGUAAUACGACAACAACACGUUAAAAAUAUAAAAUAUAAUGAGUUAUCUUACUAUAAUUUAAGAAAAUGCAUAUUUCUUUACUUGUAGAAACAAAUAACAAGCAAAACAACGUCAAAUAAUUAUUUUUAUUUUAACAUUUGAUAUUUAUCAAGUAUAGAUUACUUCGACUUGAUCAAACAAAGUACCCAAUUUCACUUGUAUCGAUCAAGUAGCCAGGCGGGUAAAAAGUGUGCCCACCCCUAGAAUUACCUCAAUUUUAUUUUGUAUGGAAUAAAUGGUUUCCAAGCUUUUUUGUUCAAAAAUUAUCGAGUGGAGACCAAAACAAUUGAAUGAGAGUUACAAGUGUAUGCAGGCAUUAUUGGACUAUUAGUUAUACAUAAAAUAAUGAGUCCCAAGAAAAGCAUCACAAAGACUCAAAUCCUACGGGUUUCUUUUAAAUAGGCUGGUCCUACUUCGUAUUUGGGGUGCUGAAGAUCCCAUAACUUGGAGCCUCACCAGUAGCUCUUCCAGGGCCUGUAGGUUGUUGGUUCGAAGUUUCAUUUGGCAACCGGGUUGGUGGACGUGGUGGUGGUGGUGAUCGGGGCGGCGGCUUUGGUGGCUGGACU